CAAACUUUUGAUAACUUGGUUAAAGAAUACAUUGAAAGUUUGGCACCAAAAAAAAAAGAAAAAGCAUUGAUCGAUCAAGAAAAAUUACAAAGAAUUAAGAAAAUUCUUAUUGAUCCUAUGAAUUUCACCCAAUAUACAUCUACUUUUCAUUAUUGGGUUAAAAUUGAACUUCUUGUGCUAGCUAUAGAAAACAUGUACGAUGAACUUUGCAAGAUACAUGCAACAAUUACUCUGCAUAGUGGUCAAAAGGAAAUAUGGAAUCAGAUUGACUUAAUUGAUAUGACCUUUAAACAUGAUAAUGAAUUUAAGUACAUCACUCAUCUGUGUGAUCAUUUUACUAGAUAUUCCUGGGCCUGUGCUCUUACCUCUAAACGAGCAAUUAAAGUGGCAGCUUUUUUAUUUAAAAUUUUUACUAUAUUCGGACCACCUCUAAUUCUUCAAUUAGAUAAUGGGAAGGAAUUUGUUGUUUCAGUAAUUGUUGAAUUGCUUGUAUUUGGUAGAGCUCUAUAUAGUCAUUCUACUGCAUUUGAUCAGUUGUUUGAAACUAGCAUUUUUUCUAAAGAUGAGAUUUUAAAUGAAUUUGGAUUAGAAAAUAUUCAGGAAUUAGUUAACAAUUUGGAUGAUUUAAUCAAUAACACUAAUUUCAUACCUAUAACAACAACAGAAUCUUCAAGUUUAAAUCAAGAUUUGAAUAUAGAAACAUCAAGAGAAAUGGAGUCAUUAGGUGUGAAAGAAUUUUCAGAAUUAGAAAAUAUUCUAACAGACCAUAUAUCUGUUAGAGAAGCAGCACAAAACCAAAAUACUAGUACACUUGCAGGAACAAUAUACAAAU